AUGGCUCUUGUGGAUCUAGAAGUUAUAUUAAAUAUACAUCCUGACAAUGUUGAUGUUGCAGUAAUACGAGUCCUCUGUGCAUGCGACGUCGCGAGAGGCGCUCCAAACACGGCCGUGGCGUCCUCCUCUUGCAACCCGAGAACCUACGCAGCGUACAGCCCCUAUGAUUUCAACUUGAGGCAAGUGCUGAACUACAUGACUUACAAGACCGCCGACUCGGGCUACGGCACUGUCACCGAAUCCGACGUCAAUGGCAAUCCUUGCUACGGCCACGGAGCCUGCGACAGAGGGCUCAAGACGGCUGUGAGCAAUCUGUUGGACGGGUGUCCGAUGAGAAUCGGAGCACAGAUCCAGCUUCCGGAUUGUAGAGUCCGAUACGAGAACUGUCCUUUCAAUGAAUAA